GUGGCUCGGCCACCUUCCUUCCAGGGCCGACGACUCUGACGACUUCCUCCAGGCGCUGAGGCUGGAGUCCAUGGGCCCCGCCGACCUCAUAGCGGUGCUGGGCACCGACAUGGACGAGGCGGACGCCCCCAUCCGCCGCCGCAUCUUCGACGCGCUGUGCGCCAUCGGCGCCAGCCUGUGGACCCGCGGCGGUCUGGCCCCGAUCGUGGGCAGCGAGGUGCUGCGCAGGCGCCCAGUGGCGUCCUUCGACUACAGCAACGGCGAGGUGGAGUGGGCGGCUCCCCGCGACGGGUACUACUACAUAGUUGCCUUCGGCGCGAAGGCGGGAGACGGGCCCCAGCAUGCGGGCGGAAGAGGGGCCAUCGUUGGCGGGGGCUUCUUCCUGCAAGCCGGCCAGGCGCUGUGCAUCCUGGCGGGGGGGAUGUCCACCCGGGCCCUGCACUGCGCCCCCACCGGUGGGGGGGGUGCUUCCUUCGUCACCACCAGCGGGGCGUGGGGCAAUGGCUCCUGGGACGGGAUCCUGGUCGUGGCCGGUGGAGGCGGGGGAUGCGGGGAGGAAGGCGACGGCUGCGACGCCAAACCGGCGACGAUCUCCAAAAGGGGGGGGUCGCCGGUACGGAUGCCGGGCCAGGACGGCUGCGCCGUUGGGAACGCCAUCCGCGGCGCGCGGUCUGUCGUCGCGAACGUGUUCCGGGGCGCCGGCUCCGCCGUCGCGCACGCCAUCCGGGCGACGGGAUCUCCCGAUGCCGGAGACCACGGCGGCAGCCCCUCUGCGGCAGAGGCCCUGGAGCCGGGGGCCAUGCUCGGCAGCGUGCGGCUGCAGACCGCCAUGUCCAUGUCCAUGUCGGCCGCCGCGCACUCAACCUGGGCGCGCGGCGUGCGCGAGGCCGAGCUCAUGCGCGGGCUGUCCCUGGGGAGGCUGGACUCCGGCCCUGGCUCACCCGGGGGGUUCGGGGGCGGCGGGAGCGCGGGGAGGGCGGGCGGCGGGGGUGGGGGCGGCUUCACGGGUGGGGAGGGCAGCGAGGACAGCCGGGGGGGGGGCGGGGGAGAGAGCUACGUCCACAGGCGGGCGGCGAAGCAGGUGGCCAGAGUAGGCAACACCGGGAGCGGAAGAGUGGACGUCUGGUGGGGGUUGUAUCCGCCAAUCAUCCUGAACAACUGA